AGGACGACGUCACAGAGGUGUAACACUGGCGUCAGUGCUACACACAAGGUGCUACCUCACUUCUCCAGGACCGCACAAUAUCAACCCUCAACUCUUCUCAAUCUUCAAAUGAACCUGUUGUGAAAGUCAACCCUCCGCAAACGGCCCGCCCCGCUGGUGUCUCACUGAAGGCUUUUGACCAUCUCGACUUCUAGAUGGGUGAAUCAGGCUCACGUCGUUCGACACUCGUCUCCCGGCUUCCAAUCUUCCGCCGCAGCAACAGCAAGAGGCAGGAGUCUUUACCCUCUUCACCAUCUUCAGGAGGUGCAGGGAAUGGCGUGCACACCUCCUCGCCUUCCAGUACCAAUUCAAGCUCCAGCAGCACCGGCAAACGUCGCAGCCUUUUUCGCACUCCAUCCCUCAGUUUCUCAUCUAAACGAAACAGCCAGCCGAGUGUCCAAUCCAUCAACCUAAACCUCACUCCCCCACUGACACAAGAAAUAGAUGCAAAUGGAAAUAACCAGCAGACUUUAGCGUCACUGUCCUCAAGCAUCAGCGACAGCGGCGCGCGCUCUAAGUCACGUCCGUCAUUUGGCUUCGGAAGUAGCCGGCAAAAGAAAAUCACACGUUCCCAAACUGAAGAUUUUAACAAAGUGUCCUCAACCACAGCCAAUCGCAAUGUAUUCAUCAACUGCAUCAGCAGCUCUGCAGCCAAUGAAGGAGACGACUCAGGGUUUCUUGAGGAUUACAGUGGAAGCAGCAACAACAAACGCUCACGUCAGAAGAAGAAGCAGCUGCUCCCUAAAUCCCUUUCAGCUCACCACCGCUUUUCACAGGCCUCGGAUCAUCACAGGCCUCCGGAAAAGAAUUCAGAGCAUCCAAGCUCCACUACCAUUACUCCUGGUGGCCUGACCCCAGGUUCAUGGCCCGGAGAACUUCUGGGAGCUGGCGGUGAAAGCUCUCUGCAGUCCCCAAUGGUAUCAGAGGAUAGGACCACAGCCAUCACCCCUUCAGAAUUUGUCGCUAUCACAGAAGAUUCAGUAUCAGAGGAAGAUGCUCUGCCAGCUCACAGUCCUGGAACUGGAGUAGCUCCAAUACCAAUCUUGGUAUCUGGAUCAGCAUCUGACACAGCAUCUGCACAGCUUCCACCUGUUCCAGAGAAUUUCAGCGUGGCUGUCUCUACCUCACAGGUGUUCUUCACUCCUGCUCAGUCUAGCACUGAAAAACCUCUCCUGCCUGACUCCAGCACAGCCAACUACACCGAUUAUGAAACUGCUAUUUCCAUCUCUGAGCCCGAGACAGUUGUCCCCGUGCUUCCUCUGAAAGAGCAAUUACUUGAGGAGCGGAAGGAGAGAGAAGAGGAGCGUAAAGAAGCCAGAGAUCAGGUGCCACUGAAGGAGAGAAUGGGAUUGGUGAGGGAGAGGAAGGCGAGUUACAACACAGAGACCACGAGCGAAAGUGAGGUGUGCGUGGUUCGCAGUGAGGGCUGUCAGUUGAAUCCGGAGCCGUCGGAGAGGAAGACCAGACACACCCUCUCUUUUCAAGAAAGAGGAACUUUCUGUGGCUGCCACGAACCUCGAGCCUCUCACUUAAGAAAACCACAUGCCGCUUCCUUGUGUAACAGCGUUAGCCCCUACCAUGAGGUGAUGCGUUUGGAAAGACGCCUUCGCUCAUCAUCAGAAGGGGCUGGAGGUCCCCGUGUCCAUGGAAACCCGAGAGACACUCAUUGCAUAGAGGGAGGAGGGCUACUGAAACACAGGCACAACUCUUCAUCAUCCAAAAUGGGAAGCCUGGAUGUUAUAAACUACCUUGGCUCUUCUGAGUUGGAUGAAGAUGAUCUAAUGUUGGACUUGGACUUGUCAGAUGAUCAGCGACACCGUCAUGUUUCCAGAGAGAAUUCCAGUCAGUCCCUCGCAUCAUGCCUCAACCUGCUUCCUUCUCCAAUGGAUCAAUCAGGAGAUCGCAUCCCAGGGAAAGAUGCCAAUCAAAGGGAACAGAGUCGCCCAACCAGUCUGCUACCUGCUGAUUGGAGCUCAGGUCUGGGUUUAGGGAGAGAUGACGAGCCAUUACCUCCAGGUCUGGAAGCUCUUCCGCUCAGACUGAUGCAGCAGGACUGCACAGCUGUGAAAACAUUGCUUCUGCGAUUGAGACGAACUCUGCAGGAGAGUGCAGAGACAAGCCCCGCAAGUAGUCUUCAGUCUCUUCCCAUCAGCCCUUGCAGUGAAAAGUCCCUUCCAUUUAAGGAUCCUGGCAGAGAGGAGGCUUUGCUGCAGCAGCUGAGAGAGAAAGACGAGUUGAUUCUCAGACUCCAGGGUGAACUGGAGAGUGCCAAAGCUGCCCUCAAGAUAAAAGACUGCCAAAUGACUGACCGCACAACACAGACAGAACACCUGGGGCAAGAGACCAACCCUCCAGGCCGGUUGUCCGGACCCGGCAGCAGCAGCAGCAGCAGCAGCAGCAACAUUCUGCCCCCAAGGGAGCGAAGAGUGGUGCGGGCCGCGGGGGCAGCACUCGCAGGGGACCUCUCUAACCAGCUGCAGCAGAACAGUCGUCCACAUAUGUCUGACCAACGCUCUUCCCGGGAGGUGAGCCAGUGCCAAGAAUCCCUGGCACCGAAGUUGGCUCCAAAUUUGGCUCCCGUUUCAUCUGCAGUGUCGUCCCAACCUUCAUCGGGCCGUCCUGCUCAAGUUCCACUUAAGGGCCCGUGUCCAAAUCAAUGCCCAGGUUCCAGCUCGGUGACUUCUAAUCAUAGCAGAGUCCCAUCCCUGCCCUCCAGGCAAAAUGAGAGAGCGUCCUCCUCCUCUGAGUCCCUUACUCCGGGAGGCGGGGGAGGAGGUGCGAGAAAAGGAGCGGAGCAUCAUCACACGAGUCAUAUCCCUCGUGCAGUCGGGGCCAGCAACUCAUCAAGUCUUCACAGUAUUGCGAGCAGAGGGAGUCUUUCUCCCAGCAACUCCUCAUCCGAUCAAGCCUCCCCUCCCCCACCCACUCCCUCCUCUGCAUCUUCAUCAUCCUCUUCCUCUCCGUUCACGGGGCGUUUAGGGCAACCGCCGCGAGGUCCUCUAUCUCUGCACAGUUACAGUCGGAAGAACGUCUUCCUGCAACAUUCGCUCCACACUGCCGAGCUGCAGGCUCUGACACAGAGAGACAGCUGAGGGCAGACAACCACAGUCCCACUGUUGACCCCAGCCACAAAACAGAAAGUUGACUCCAAACACAAGCUGCUCAUGUCACACUGUCUCACAUAAACUUGACGACAAGCUAGACUGCAUCCGUAAAACAACAUAUUUGCCAACUUUCUAAAUAGAAAUAUUGAUUUUUAAAGUAAACUUUCUCACAGCAGAUACUGGCAGAAAGCAGUGCUUUUGAAAAUCCAUCUUCUCUAAUCUCUCAUAUCUGACAAACGCAGAGCAGCUGCUGUCUAUGUGCGCGACACGGUUUCAUGCAUCUCGAGGGCAAUUUUGCUCUGAGCUGUAUGAGAAACCUGAUGAACAAUUUUUGGAUCUUAAAUCAACAGAAAUCACCUCAUACAUUCCUUGUUUUUAUUGUACUUAGCCAGACAAUCACACUCUCUCACUGAUAUGCAUGCAGAGAUUAUUUCUACGUCAGGGUUUUAAAUGAGUUUGUAUUGGAUGCAUAAACAUGGACACUACAGGUUUUCACACAUGCUUUACGUUGAACUUGCUACUACUGUACACACACAAGGACGCUUUUAGUUUCCAACAACACUGAGAAUAGAAAUGAAUCUCAGCAAGCGAGUGGUAACACUUUCUAAAAAAAAUCCUGCCAGAAUUUUCACUGUUCUCCAUCCCGAUGUCAUCUUCACUGACUGUUUCUGGAGAGCCACACUUAUCUGCUACUCCAUCAUUUAUUCUUUCUGCCAUGACUUCAUUUCACAAGCUUUCCAGGUCACGCUGGUCUGUGCUGUUAAAAGCCAUCAGUAGUUACAACUCAGACAGUGAAGUGUUAAAGAAGCUGUCGUGUGGAUGACUGAUUGGUCUGAGUGAAUGCGCAAAUGUUGGCACGAGAUUUUCACGACCGGAUGAUGUAUUGAGGGAAAAUAUCCAAAGUGGUUAAAUGAAAGAGUAUUUUUGUAAUUUGGUCUUUAAUAUUCGAUCCAAACAUGCAUACUUGCUGUGACUGGCUCUGGGGCUGAACACUCACACUGAUGGCUCGACUGGCAAGAACAGUUGUUUUGUCAUUUUUGUUCAAAACAACUUUAAUUCAUCAUUCCAACAUUUGCGUUAAAGGUGCGCUUGUUUUUGGAUGGGGGAAUCAGAUGAAAGCUAUUUGAAUGCAAAACCACUGCUAGAGGCUGAAGGCUUGUAGGCUCGAAUCAGACAAGUCGAAGUGAUGCGGCACUUCCGCAUCACAUACGUAGCAUCCCAUAUAAAUAGUCUGACUUCAUUGCGAUUUGUAAAUCUGACCAACUGAAAAUGCUCAUAAGGUGACAGAAAUAUAUCAUUAAUUAUUCUCCAGUUUGAUUUAAUCCUGAGGAUGAAAACGUCAGCCAAACCAACGCUAAGCCGAUUCUAGCUAUCGAGAGAGAGUUCAUGAUUCAUAUUUUUUGUGCUAAACAACCUCCAAUUUUUGACAUUUUGACCUCAAGUCCAAGCUCUGUUGACAUUUUCCUCUUCCAAAAACAAACACGUCACUGUCCCGCAGCUGCCAAAUGGCUUCCAGCUACAUUUUAUUUAGCGUCAAAUGCUGCGUUAUGUGCAGUUUGUUCCCUCCACCUUCAUCGCUGACCUUCAUUUCUGUGAUCCAUCACUACACCCCAACAUUUUAAUACAACUUCAAACCGUGCUCCACAUAGCCUGGGGAGGACGGGAGGUCAUCUAAGUUCAAGCAAUUAACAUUUAGCCUCUUACUCUUUCCUAAAUGUUAAUUCUAAAUAGUCCUUUCACACAAACAAAUUGCCUGUGUGGCGUCUAGCUAUUUAUUUGUCUGAGGGAAGGAAGGAUUUUAAAAGCAAUGCUUUCUAUUUUUAUUAAUGUGUUUUACAGCUAGAGAAGAUGCACACACACGUGUGCGCUGACACACACACACACACGCACGCACGCACGCACACACACGCACGCACGCACUCACUCAUCAGACUGGGGAUAAAAAAACAGCACUCACUCGUCUGUCAGUACUCCCACAUUCUGUCAUGCUGACAUUUUAGAUGUGCUUACACCCACACAUAUACAAAGUGCACAGAGACUGUACCACACACAUUUGAAUUUGCACAAGCAAGAGUUAAAACUGUUCAUCUACUGAAGAUCUCUCCUCCAUUUCCACCACGUCGCAACGUGCUGGUGCUGGGGAGCCGAUUUCCUCGGAUCGGCUGUGCUUUAAAAUGAUUCUCAUGUUGCCAAAAGCAGAUCACCACGACAUUCCCUCCAGCCCGUGCGAAGCUCUUUUGGAUGCAUGUUUUUGGGAGAACUUGGUCACAACUCUGUAACUUUUCAAACUUUUAAAUCACAUUUUAGCUGACGAAAGGAAGAAAAGAUGUUCCAGGCAUGAACCUGUUUUCCAGUUCUCUACCUACUUGCAGAUGCACCAGUGUUCUUGAAGAUAAUCACGAAAAUUGCUCUUAAUAAUCUCUGAUCUUUAGAAAGACUGUCCAAAUGCUGCUAAUAAUCUCAAUCAGAUUGUUUAGAAUAUCGCUGAGACUGCGACUGCGUUCCAUGAAAAGGGAUCAGGUUUUAGUUCUCUAUCUUGACUCUGCGUAUCAUGUUGAGUACUUUUUUAUGUAAAUGAUUUGAUGUGUCAUGUGCAUGUUUGUUGACUACUUUAAUCUCACCUCAACACUUGUAUUAUUAUACUGCCACCUAUAUCUCGUGAUUUAACCUCUCCUUAUCACUUUUGUUUUUUUCUUUUUAUUGUUGCUGCUUGAAGUAAUGGAAAUGUGUCGAGUGGUUCCUGGUUGACUAUUUAUUUUUGCUUACUUGUUUGUGCUGCUUUUCUUCGUCCUCACUUGCAUCACCGUUGGUGCAGGUGAGUGCGAGACGUUUUAUUGAAGUAAAUCUGGACGGGUCAGUGAGUGAGCAGUGCAAGGCAAAUGUUUACAUUGAAGACUUUCGCUGACUUGGCGCUACGGUGGCAAUACACAGAUUUUGUGGGAGACAAAAGGCAUAUAUGUGCAAAUACUCUGGAAUCCGCCUGAAAUUGGAAGUUUUUUUCAGUGUUUCUAAAUUGAAUUGUUGGAAUUCUUUGUAUCUGUUUCUCUUUACUCAGCUCUGUUCUCGCGCUGCUGCUUGGCUUCGAGUGAGUUUGGUAUUCGACUGCAAAAUGUGAAGUGCAAUCUACUCAUCUUAUACUGAAUUGCAGAGGAGUUCUGUCCAUGUGUGUGUUUUUUUUUCCUUUUUAAAUUUUUACGUUUUUUGAAGGGACAUUUGUUUUCGUUUUAUAUCGAAAAAAGACACCUGCUCCUCUUUGUUUUGGUCGAAAAGAGCACCACUGGGGUUCACCAAUGUUGAUCAUCCUCCCUGGUUAGACCUUUUCUCUUCAACCUUAUUGGUUGUCCUUUCUCCUUAUACCUAGUUCCUCCAUUUCUAACAUCCUCUCCAAGUGUCCAAACCUUCCUGACUUUGUCUCCAAACUCCUCUACAUGAGCUCUCGAGUUGUUCUCCCCUGUUCCUCCUCAGCCUCAUGCUUACUCUCACUACAUCAUCAGCAAACAUCACGGUCCACGGAGACUCCCCCGUCUCCUCUUCUCCCUAGCACUUCAGUGAACCAGAGUUGAUCUCCGAUUUAUGCCAACUGCCGUGCGACAGCGACAAUUCUUUGUCUCCCUCGGUUCAAUAUUUACAUUAAUAUGGAAAUCCUUGACAUUUUUCCUUGAGUGCUGCUGUCUGAGAAGUGGGGACUGUUCAUGAGCAUGACACGUCGUUCCAUCAUUUCAGUCAGAGUGUGUCACUUACAUCACUGCGCUUGCUUUUCCAACCCCUGCCUCCUCAGUGUUGCUCUUACCUUGAGAAUCACAACUUGUCAGCAAAUAUAAGAAUGUGUUUUUACCUUCACUUUUUGGAUUUUAAUUUUGUGGAAAACUGGAAUGUUAAAUCGCUCAUUCGUUUUUUGAAAAGGGAAAUCAGAUAAUGUUCCUUGUUUUCGGUAGUUUGUGGAUGAAGAACUUGAUGAGGAAAACAUACAUGGACGGAGCUCCGCGCAGCGUUUCAGGUGGACCUCUGUGGUGUGACGUCAUUCUGAGUAUCAACAACUCUUGUACGGAUGUGGGUGGCGUCUGAUCUGAAGUGUUGCACUAGUUGAAGCCACUCCACGACGUGCUAACUUGCCAACACACUCGACUGUGUACCACCUCAAAUGAAAGGGUCGAAAGUGCAAAUCUCACAUUUUCAAUUAGAGAACUCCUGGAGACAUCUCAUUCUCCCCUGACCUUGAGCCAGUGAUCCGCUGAAGCUCCUCAGCCUAGUCUUCCGAUUUGAGAAGCUUCUGUUACAGCAGAUAAAAUGCUAAUCCUCCAGGUAUUCCUCUCAGGAUUGAAUAUCACAAACGUCCGGUAUUUAAAGACGAAAUUAUGCAAAUGUGCGACGUACAAGAUCAAGAGCUGAUAUAUCCGCCCGCCCUCUCCUUGUUCAUCAAAUGCAGUCACUCCUUUCUGCUGUGAUCCGGCCUCUCAUCUGGUCCACAGCUCCCGACCUGUGGGACUCCACGUCUCCCCCCCUCGCUCUGUCAUGUGGUUGUAAUUUUACACCUGCUGAAUGCAAUUAUGUAGCUGGUACGAAAACAGGCCAGUGGUUACAUCUCCCACGAGGCCUGGGACGGGGCAGCAGCUGUAGGAUGGACAACAACAAAAAAGCUUAUCUCGUACACAAUGUGGAGGAUCAGAUGAGCAAUGAGGGCGACUUGAGUUGUUCAAUUUUAUUCCACUCAUUCAGACUUGAAUCUGCCUCUUGAGGCUCUCUGCUCGAGUCCUGUAUUGGGGGGAAGCCUCCGGGGGAAGAUUCAGAACCAGCUCAUUCUGUUGACUCAGGUGCUCCGGUCCAAGUCUCAGGUGAAUGACAGAGCUUCGGAGGGAGACACCGCGGCGCUUAAGGGCUUGGACUUUAAUAUUGAUCCAUCAAUAACACCCUAGAAUACUUGACUCAAUACAGAUUAAUGACAAAUGAAUGCAGUAGAACCAAUCAUAUCGAGGCGCGUCAGUGGGUUUGGACCGCCCACUUCAUUUACUUACAGUAUUUAUCGCACCAAGUGGAGACAAAAAAAUAAUAAGAAUGAAUAAAUGUGGCCAUGCAAUAAUACAAUAAAAUGAGAUGUAGAAAAUAAUGAAAAAGUAAAUCAUGUAAAAAAUGCAAACAUACAUUAGGAAGUACAUUCAUAAAUCAAUAUGAAAGUAUGGCGACCUAUUACUGUCAUUUAUUUAUUUUCAUUUAUUCAUGUAUUAUUUCAGUUAUUUAUUCUUUUAUUACAGCAUUUAUACAAUUAUUUCAUCAUACUUUUGUCCCUCAUGAACAGAAGCUAAUUCAUGUUUAUUGUACUCUUGUCUGACUAGACCCCUGAAGUUUUUGACUUUGGAGUUGGUGGCUAAAGAAAAAAAAAAUAAUGAGGGUCUGAGGUUGCUUGGAAUGAUGUCACACUUGUGGAUUUUGUCCACUCGAUGGCAAGGAUUUUUGAAGCAAGAGCGCCACCCACUGUGUUCUGAAAAUGAGGUCAAUGCUUCAUGAAGCUUCGUCAUCCAGAGUAGAAGACGCGCUGCUGAACACACCUCCAGGUGGAAGUGCUAAAACCCAAGGGCCACAGGAGCUUGCAAGUCAGCUGGUUUGUUUUGUCCCAGGAGCACACCUGUGCAUCUCAAUGAUUCGUUUGGAAAACCAUUUUGUGAAAACCGUGUUUGCACAAAAUGACAUUUCUGUUUAAAGCAUUUGCCUUAUCAAUCGUGUUGCUAGACUUCUAGUCAAUAUAUUGUCACCACUCUUCGAUCCUAACUCUUUUGUCUGUUUAUUGUGCGCACUCACUUUGUUCUUUGGAACACUGGGUUAAAGUUUUUUCGUUUUUUUCUGUAGAAUUGUACAUACAAUAAUGAAGCUGAAAUGGUGGACAGUUUUAUACUGAACUCUGAAAUGAUGCUUAAACCUGCGUGGAAGGCUCUGAGCUGUGACCAAAGUGCUUCAGGCUGCAGUCCCGCACGAAACUCAUUUGUUGUGUCGCUUCAUGUAGAUUCUCUUCUGUGGGUUUCGGCACUUUUUUUUUCUGCUACCUAUUGCUUUGAACGGCUGGACUUUGUGGAUUUUGGCCAUAAUAGUAUUCGCAAAGUGGAUUAUCCACCAUUUGUUGUUUCUUUAAGCUGCUUUCUGAGUCAGGAUUAUGUAAAUCACAUGUGUUUUGGCGUUUUGACCAACAAAUGUGAGUCUCCUGGUCAAUUUGUGUUUGCUUAAAAAAAAAAGCUGUAUAUUUUGUUAUAUUUUUUUAUUUAAUUUUUUUUUGUCCGAAGAUGAGACAUUUUAGGAAAUUAUUUUUGUUCACUGCCCCACUGUUGCUAGUAUUUAAUACAACUAAAUAAAAU